CCUGGAGCAAAUCGGACCAUCGAGCAAAUCGGCUUUGUUAGUGCUUUGUUAGACCGCCGAACUGCGAGACAGCGAGACAUCGAGACUGGUAGACUGCGAUUUCGCAUUUUUAGAAAAUGUAUUCAGUGCAGGGGCGACAUUCGCAGCGGCAACGAAAGCGACAGCCAUAGCACACACACCAUAUACCACAUAUCUGUACUAUCUGCAACACACACUCUGGCACCUGGCACCCAUACAUCCCCAGAUCGAGAGAGAGGUGCAUUUAAGCGAAAGAAAGUGGUCGAGAAAGAAAUAGCAAGAUAUCAAGAUAGAAAGAUAGAGAAAAUCGCUGGGAAAAGCUAAGCAAAGUGCGCGCCGGAAAUGGCCAAAUUAGUGACUUACAUCUUCAUUGUCAGCUCGCUGGUGCUCUGGUACCUCCUCCUCUUCGGGGGCAGGGGCGUCAGGGGCGUGGAGGCGACCAACGGGCACGGGGGGCAGCUGGAGGGGCGCGACUUCCACCACCAUGGCGGCAGCCACCACAUACGCCGUAACAUAAACCACUGCUGGCGGCGCUACGAUGGCUACAAUCUGCAGAACACGGUGGUCAACAAAAAGGAGCAGCUGAAGAAGCCCUAUGGAAUAUUGUGCAACUUCAAGUGCACCUGGUUCUUCACUGUCAGCUUCCCCACUUGCGAGUUCAUCUACGAUUAUAAGUUAUCCUGCGUGCUGUUCACGUCACUGCCCGACUGCACCAGCGUCAAGUGUACGCUUUUGAAUUACUUCGAGUAACUAGUGUAUCUAUUUAAGUUUCUUUUUUUUGAUAGCAUAAGUCUGAUUAAUACUAGAUUUUAUAUGGACAUGUAGAGAGACGAAGAGAAAAGAGAGGAAGUAUUAUUAAAUCAAACAACUAAUUUAUGAAA